CUCUGUUUGGGAAAAACACCUCAGAAUCUCUCUGUCGUCUGGGAUUGCGACACUCUUCAGUCCACUGCUAGAUCUGGAUAUCUUGAGGAAGAACUUAAUUGCACAACUCAUUACUCUUCUAGUCACCAACAAAUAGUUUUGUCUACUGUAGUGCAUCAAAGCACAUUAAAGCAUGAAACAGAAGUUGCUAGCUGUGAGACGAGCACUUUGUUGCCGCCCUCGGAAGGACUCGGACGUGGACCUGAAGGCACCUGUGGACGCUGCCUCCGAUCCAGACAGGCAGGGAGAGAAGAUGGUCAUGCGUCGGGAAAUCUCCCUCGUCAAUGGCAUCUGCCUCAUUGUGGGCAACAUGAUUGGCUCAGGCAUCUUUGUGUCACCCAAAGGUGUGCUGCUCUACAGCGCCUCCUACGGGCUGUCUCUUGUCAUCUGGGCCGUAGGCGGCAUGUUCUCAGUGGUUGGUGCCCUGUGCUAUGCGGAGCUGGGCACCACCAUCACCAAGUCGGGGGCCAGCUAUGCCUAUAUCCUGGAGGCUUUCGGAGGCUUCUUGGCCUUCAUCCGCCUGUGGACCUCCAUCCUUCUGGUGGAGCCAGCCAGCCAGGCCGUCAUCGCCUUGACUUUCGCCAACUACCUGGUGGAGACGCUCUACCCCACAUGCCAGCCGCCCUAUGACGCCGUGCGACUUAUCGCCGCUGCCUGCCUCUGUUUGUUGAUCUUCAUAAACUGUGCCUACGUGAAGUGGGGAACUCUGGUCCAGGAUGUCUUCACUUAUGCCAAGAUCAUGUCCCUCAUCCUCAUCAUUGCAAUUGGCAUCAUGAAAAUAAUUAGAGGAGAAGCUCAGAACUUUGAGAGCCCAUUUGAGGGCUCCUCAGCGGAGGCGGGGAGUGUUGCCCUGGCUCUCUAUUCAGCCCUUUUCUCCUACUCCGGCUGGGACACCCUCAACUUCGUCACUGAGGAGAUUGUCAACCCGGAGAGGAAUUUGCCUCUAGCCAUUGCCAUCUCUAUGCCGAUAGUGACCAUAAUCUACCUGCUGACAAACGUGGCAUACUAUGUGGUACUGGAUAUGCCCUCAUUCAUGGCUAGUGAUGCAGUUGCUGUGACCUUCGGGAAUCAGGUACUGGGGCCCAUGAGCUGGAUUAUUUCCAUUGCUGUUGCUAUGUCCUGCUAUGGAGGACUUAAUGCUUCUGUCAUUUCUGCCUCAAGGUUGUUCUUUGUGGGGGCACGAGAAGGGCACCUGCCAAACAGCCUAAGUCUGAUCCAUGCCAAGCGUUACACACCCAUCCCGGCUCUCCUCUUUAACGGUGUAAUGGGACUGAUCUUCCUCUGUGUGGAAGAUGUCUUCCAGCUCAUUAAUUACUUUAGUUUCAGCUACUGGCUGUAUGUAGGCCUGUCUGUGGUGGGCCUGAUCUACCUUCGUUUCACACAGCCAGACAGAAAAAGACCUGUCAAGCUCACCCUGUUCUUCCCGUUUAUCUACUGCCUGUGCAGUUUGUUCUUGGUCAUCGUACCACUCUACAGUGACACAGUCAAUUCCCUCAUAGGGGUAGCCAUCUCACUGUCCGGAGUGCCUGUGUAUUAUUUAUGUAUUUACCUUCCGGAGGAGAGAAGACCAAAAUGGGUCAGACGGCUAAAUGCCACCAUCACCAGAUACACUCAGAUCAUAUGCUACGGUUGUCCAACUGACCUGAAUGUGGAGCCAGAGAACAUGGUGUCAAGCAAGACCCAAUGAUACCAUGAAAGUCACAGCUCUUAAAGAUAUCAAAGAUAUUUUAAAGUUUUAAGCUUCCACUUCAGACGUGGAUAUGGAUACCUUGCUGCCAGUUCUCUGACUGUCCGUGAUGAAAUGUUCUUGUUCAGUGAGACACUAACAUUUUUGCAUGUAGUGAAUUUGUUUUACAUGAAUUAUUUGCACAUAUGCAGGUAUUUUAGAAGCAUCAGUCUGUCUUACUUUGAUAUGUGCACAGAGAAUAUCAAAUGUCUCUUUGUUUCGGGGCUUUGAUGCAGCCCUUGGUGUGAUAUCACCAGACCAAAGAGGACUAAACUUGAUUACAAAUGCUUUAAGUGAUUUCAACACAUGUUGUUCCUAAAAUACCUGAAGGUAAUGCUAAUAGGAUGAGGAAAGUGCAUGCGUCAGCAAGCAUGCAGGUGGGUACUGUGUAUCCAUCCACCAUGGUCUUUUGUUCAUUUUGUACAUGCUCUACUACAUGACAGAAAAUAUGUUCACCGAAGAGAAACGGAAUGAGAUUUUUUGUAACGCUGAUUAAUUUAUGGUUUACACAAGUUUUUUACUAUGUGACCACAGCACUUUAUAUCUCUCUAUUUUCUUUGUGUCUUUUAUUAGUCAUGUGAUCGUUUUAGGGACUUGCCACUUGUAUGUUUUGAGCCUCAGACAGCACUUCUCUGUGUGUCUCUCGGGUACCUGAGGAACAGCAAUAAUUCAUAAUUCUCCGUUGUGCGAAUGAUAGCUUCAUGUUCCUGUCAAUGCUUAUUUUCUCUUCCUCUGUAAUCCAUUUCACAUAUAUUCACUCUCUUAGAGCAUUGUUUAUGGGCCUACGCCACUGUUAGCCGUUUCAAGAUUUACACUUCACUUUACAGUUUUUAUAUUGGCUAAUCAAGACCAAUGCAUAUAGUUUUUUGACACCUGAAUUAGCUGAAAUUUUAUUUAAUUCUUACCUGCUCAAAAUCGGUAUGGUUGAAUUGGAAUAAUUAUAUUAUUUUAAUAUUUCCUGGUAAAUACUAACACUUACUUGGGUAAUGCUAUCAUUUGUCUUCUGGCUUUCUUUUGUCUUCUGGUCCUGCAUGACCCCUGUGUGUGACAUCUAAUAUUUAAUUGUAUCACCAAUGUCUGCACCAUAUCUGUUAACAUCCAGCUGCACACCCUUCAUUUCCUUUCGUACUACUUUCUAUGGACACAUGUCACUAUUCCCUGACCUGAUUAUCGUUAUUUUUUUAAAAACUUUCAUAUUUUAAUACAUUCAAGCUGGACUGUUUUUGCUAUCACUUGUUGUUAUUCAGACGUCCCCUUAUGCAAAAGUGCAAAUUGGACACACCCACAGGCAAGUAAUAUUUGUCUGUGGUUUCCAUUGUUAGUUGUAUGGGACCUAACAGGAAACUGUUUGGCCACAGUUUCUUACUUUGCUGUCAUAAAAUCGUAAAAAUAACUUUGGCUUGUUUAUACUUAACUAUGUCUGAUUUAAUAUUUUGUCAUAUAUUUGAUGCAUCUCUGACACAUCUAGUGACGGAGCUAGAGGAUGGCUAGUGUUUUAGGAGGUGAAACUAGCUGACUUGGAAUGUACCAAAGAAGAAGGAAGUUUGGUCCAUUAAUUUUGGCAGCCCAGUGUAAAUCAAGGUCAGAGUGCUCUUUGGCACACAGUGACUCAGCAGACACUCAGCAGAUAAGCCAAUGAGUAAUGUUUUUGAGAAGCAGAUUAUACAGGAUUGUGACCUCUUUAUGACCUCAUGAUAAACCAGGGAAAAUGUGCAGUGUGGGAAUUCAUUGGCAUGAAUUUGGAAAUACUUGUACAGGUACAUUAGAACUAGCACAGAAGCCAACAAAAAGGUAACGAACAAUGAACAGCACUCUGAUUCCUCUUAGUUGGAAAUGUUAUAUCACUUGACAUAUGGUGUCAGUGUCUCAUCCUUCAUGUGAUAGUUGCAUUCACUUUGGAACUGAGGUGCACACACUGAAGACUUAUGAACUGCAUUUGCCCUUAUGUGUAUUCACUUAUUUAUUUGUAAUCGUUUUUAUUUUUUGUAGUUAUAAUAAAUCUUAUACAAAGACAAUAACUCUGAAA